UUUUCCAUUCAAACGUUCAUUCAAAGUUCCUCGUCGUGGAAGGUUCUAGAAUACGGAAUCUCAUUAAAAUAUUUGAACGAUUGCUGCUCAUUUUCUGAGGUCUCUUGCGCUCGAGGUCUGAACUUCCUUUACUGAUCACUGCAAGAAGCUCUCAUCAAAUUCAACCUUCAUCUCAUUCCUGAAUUCCUCACUUCAAAAUGUCUCAGCAAAUCAGCCUCCCUGCCAAACUGAUUAAUGGUGGCAUUGCUGGCAUCGUUGGGGUCACUUGCGUGUUUCCCAUCGAUUUGGCCAAGACCAGACUCCAGAAUCAGAGACAAGGCCAGCAAGUCUACAAGAGCAUGAUUGACUGCCUUAUCAAAACUGUGCGAUCUGAGGGAUACUUUGGCAUGUAUAGAGGCGCUGCGGUUAAUCUUACCCUGGUCACUCCUGAGAAGGCCAUCAAACUGGCUGCCAAUGACUUCUUCCGGUGCCACCUUUCCAAAGAUGGGAGAGGGCUGACUGUAUUUAGAGAGAUGUUGGCUGGAUGUGCUGCGGGCAUGUGCCAGGUUAUCAUCACUACUCCUAUGGAGAUGCUGAAGAUUCAACUACAGGAUGCUGGGAGACUAGCCACUCAGCAGAGAAAACCAUGCAUCAUUCCUCCCAAUAGACUGGCGACCACAAACACAGUGUUGAGUCGCUCCUACAAUGUGGUGCCCAACACCUCACCUCACCCAUCUGCCACCCAGAUCGCAAGAGAGUUACUGCACACUCAAGGCAUUCAGGGGCUCUACAAAGGCCUUGGUGCAACACUAUUGAGAGAUGUACCUUUCUCGGUCAUUUACUUCCCUCUCUUUGCAAAUUUGAACAAGCUGGGUAAGCCCACCCCUGAUGAGGCUGCACCAUUUUAUUGGUCAUUCAUCUCUGGAUGUGUCGCAGGCUCCACAGCUGCUGUUGCCGUUAACCCAUGUGAUGUGGUUAAGACCAGGCUGCAGUCUCUAAGCAAAGGAGCCAACGAGGAAACCUACAGUGGCAUAAUUGACUGUUUCGGCAAGAUCAUGAAGCGAGAAGGGCCAUCAGCUUUCCUGAAGGGAGCAUGCUGCAGGGCUCUAGUCAUCGCGCCACUGUUCGGUAUCGUACAGGUCAUGUACUUCAUCGGCGUGGGAGAGUUUAUCAUGAGCCAGUCCUCCCUAAAGCUAAUCUCUGACUGAACAGACCCCAGUACCUCUCAAGAGUGUGGCAGCUACACAACCAACUGUACAUUUACAAGAGAAGAUAAACAUUAAUCAAGAUGGUAAAGUUGUCGAGAGAACGACAACUUCUACUCUGGUUAAGUUACUGUGAGUUUUUUCCAGCCUUACCACACUUCCUCUAUGGUUUACAGGCUUAUUUGAUGGGCUGUGGCCAGCGUUUUGCACUUAUUGGUAAGGAUAUGUCUGGAGGAGAGCGCUUGACGUGCUUACGUUUUCUUGAAGCAUAUGUGAAGGUUUCCCCUCAAUGAGGGAGACUGGUGUCACUGUAAUGACACUGUUUUUCUUGACACUUUUUUUCAUCCAUCUACAAUUCUUUUUGUAUUAAAUUUCUCUAUUUUUUGUUUUUCCUACUCCGAAUUCAUUUAUUUCUGUUCCUGUCACUGUUUUCAGUGUCUAAACAAUUGGGUUACUUUUGAAGCUUUCAAACCUUGUAACUCUAAAUUGUUCAUCGUUUUAGGGAAUGCCAUUGACUUUCAUUCCGUUUCGUUCCAUUAGAUGCACAUCGUGGUCCAUUUCAGUUUCUGAGCUGAUUUUGGUGAAGG